UCGUUUUUCAGCGUUAUGGGGGAUCACGAGCUCAGCGAGACGACUAAAACUGAUUGCGCAUCUUCGUUUCCAUCCUUCUCUGAGCUGCCGGCUGAGCUCAGAAACGAAGUUUGGAAGCUCAGUCUGCCGGACACGUCGGCACCCGUUCUGGUCUCCUUGGACGUCAACUCCUGGAAUGCUUCCGGCACGGAGCCUGAUCUCUGCGUCGAGUAUCAACUUAACAAGCGUGACCCGAUUUACUACCAAGUUCCAUUGGCUUUCGUCAACCAUGAGGCUCGCAGUAUAGCUCUGGCUUGGGCCCGCAAGCACGAAUGCACAAUGCUCGCCCGCGACGGGAAGGACCCUGUUUUUGCCAGACCAUUCGACCAUAAGAAAGACGCGAUUUAUCUCGAUUGUAUAGAUCUAGUGGAUAUCAAACACCGAUACAUGGAUAGGACGAAUGAGCCCGAUCUCCUUGACCGGGAUGUCGAUAUAGUAUCGGAUGUCGAGUACGUUGUUUCAACUCAAAGCUUUCUCCAAGAACCGACGUUGUUCUCGAUAAAAGACGUGUUCGAUAUCUGGCCAAUGGUGCAUACUUGGUAUAUUAUCGAGGGCACGCCGUCAAACUUCUCGUCCCACAAAAGCAAACUUGGCGGGCCAAGAUGGGAGAUCACCAGUGUGGAAGGCAUAGUGUCUACCUGGAACCUAGAAGAUGAUUGUUUUGAUUACAACGUUGACUUUGAUGACGAUGGUGGAAAUCUUCCGUACGGCUCGGGGGAAGCUUCGCACGAAUUUGGUGAAGCUCUUCGAAGAGGUAUUACCCAGUUUCAAAUCCGACUUGUCGACAUCUGUGAGGCCGAGGAUUACUAUCUGGAGCUCUAA